AUGAGACGAUCUUUUGUAUGCAUUUACGCGUUGACAUGGCAAAUUCUUGCUUUGCUUAUGUGCUCAACAAUAUUAGCACAGGAUAGUGAACGCGGCUUUAUCAUAGCUGAUAUAAAGUUAGCUGUUACAAAUUCCGAAGCCCAAAGAAAGCUAACCGAAAGUCUCACAUAUCCUUCUUCACUUGAUAAACUAAUCGAAUUAUCACAAGGAGAUAAUUUAAAAAUGAUUUUUACCAUUCAAGAUAAAGCAACUAAAAGUGGAAUUCAACCUCAUCAAUCCUUGUUAGUUUUAAGUUCUCAUCAAACGGGAUCUCAAAUACCGAUACUCGUGAAAGUAAGAGAAACUGGUAAAGCUCGUGCCGAACUAUAUUUGAAAUCACCAACUACUAGAAAUCUUUUUUCGGGAAAUUACUCGCUUAACCUUAUUAUUGGAACUUUUUCACACGAUAAUCCAAUCAAUUACCACAUUGGAACUGUUAAGAUCGAUAUCCCAAAAACAUACUCCGCUCCCGUUAAAUAUGGUCCCAAACCUGAAAUUCAUCAUAUUUUUAAUCCCGAUCAAAAAUUACCUCCAACGUUUCUCUCAUACAGUUUUGUGGUGAUAGUAUUAACACCUUGGUUAUUUUUAAUCGGAGCGUGGAUACAUCUUGGUGUUAAUGUUUCAUUCUUGACUAGUGAACUCGAAACUCUUCCAGCCAUAAUUGGUUUCUUGGGCACAUUAUCAGCUAUUGAAAUCCUAUUUUAUAAUUAUUGGACACAUUUGAACAUUUUUCAAACAUUAUCAUGGCUAUCAGGGUUAAGUGCUUUGGCAUUUUUCUUGGGUCAAAAGGCUUUAAGUGAUGUACAAGAAUGGAGGCUUAAAGGGCUUCGAUAA